AUGACCACCAAUUUACCCAUCACACCAUCCGUCACUUCAUCCCGGCCUUCACCAAUCCAACUUCACGAUAUCGUUCACUGCAGACAAGCCUCAUUAACAACGCAAAAUCAACUGUGGCAGGCUAUGAAUUCAAUUCAGACGUGUUGUUUCAAUCACAUUAUUAUAUUGGACGCCAAGAACAGCCCACUUGCUCUGCUGGUUCAGACGUGCAGCAGCAUUGGAAGGGACAACAGCAACAACAAACCAUCCGCUACAGGCAACAACCCCGUCGACAAAAAAGAUAAUUUGGCUUCGUCAAGCAAUUUUAGCAACAACACGCCGAGUAAGGAUGGCUCGUCUCGAUUGAAAACCGGUGCAACACCUGAAAAGUUAUCGAAAUCUAACUUAGAAGAAAGAAGAAAAGCACAAAAUGGAUCUGAUUGCAUCCUGAGAAAAGAUGAAAAAAGUAACAGCAACACUAGUACAAAUAAAAAUUCCCAUUCCAACAACUUCAAAACAAGUCCGAACAAACCGAACUGCAUCAGAACUCCGUCAAUGAACGCCGAAAAAUUAACUGACCGACAUUCGAGUGUUGGAUCAUACACGGACAAAUACAACUUUUAUAACGAAGACAUUAGUACAACGUCGUUAUCAGCCGCUGGUCGAUACAUACCAAACUACUUCAACGGUUAUUUGAACAAGCUUAAUAACAACUCGAACAAUGGUUAUUUUCCAAUGGAUGCAAACAGUCAGGAAUAUUUAGUUAAAAACUCUUUAUAUCCAUUAUAUAAUUCAAUAAAACUACAAGAAGCAAUACAAAAUGCAUCUUCAUUUCCAUCUCCGUCUUCGGCUCUUAGCAAUCUUUAUCCUUCCAUAUUCAGCUAUCCACUGUCGCUUGAUCCGCUGGCUGCCUACUCAGCUAAUUUGGCAGCUGUGGUUCAAGCUGCAGCAGCGUCACAAGUUGCCAACUUACCCAACCAACAAAAGUCACCUACCGGAGCAACCACAGCCAGUGGACUUUUUAAAAAAUGCAACGAGAAUGGUUUGUGCAAAGAACCAAGUUGUACUGGCUCACACGUUUCAACAUCUCAUCUAAAAAGUCAAUCCCCUCAUUGCACAUCAACAAAUUGCAAUCAAUGCUGCGAUAAAUCAACAACAAUGUUCAACAGCAGCAGCAACAUCAACCCAGCAACAGCAUCGUUGCAUGCAGCAGCCAACUUAUUCUACCCUGCAUCUCUUCCUCCUGUGCCAUCUUUAUGCAUGCCUCCUUUCAACCCUCUUUUACUUACUGGCGGAUUGGGAGCUUCGAUGUUUAAUUCCUCAUUGAGCAGUCCCAUGCAACUCCCCCAUCAACCACACGGACAACCUCUGGUGUGCAAUUGGGUACAAGGAAGUGAAUAUUGCGGCAAAAGGUUUCUGACAUCCGAAGAAUUACUGAUACAUUUGCAUGGACACACAACAGAAUCAAAUUCCCCAACUCUUCCCUCACCCCCACAAUCAUCUUCGACAAUAAAUCACCCCCACCAGCAGCAACAAAAACAGCCACCUAUGCCACCCUUACCACCUCAAGCUCUACCUCCCUUCAACCCAGCUGCUCUCCCUCCUCUGCCUUUUCCGUUGUCAUCGUACUUUGGUGUACCGUCUUCCAGUCGUACACACCCAAGUACAAGAAGUCUUUCGUCUUCUCCAAGCUUCCCUCACCCCCAUCUGACGUCAGCUCCGCAUCACAGUAGUUCCCACACUAAUCGAUCGCGCGCUAGUCCAAACAGCCUUUUCACUUCCGCCCGUUAUCAUCCGUACAAAUCACCAACUCUUUCCUUGACGCCCCCAAAUCUAACAGCUCCUCAUGCCAAUGUUUUGAGCCAGCCAUUCCCUUCCCUAGCUGCAUAUUAUUCUCCAUACGCCCUCUACAACCAGCAUCUCAACUCCGUUGCUGCAGCUGCUGCACCUUAA